AUGGGUUCGGACGAGAGCAGACCUCACUCCCAAGACGGAAGCGAAGGCGGAAGUUCAGAUGACGACGACGAGGAAGAAGAACCACGGCUGAAAUACGUACGGUGUGCCGGUGAUAUACCAAGUAUAAUAACCUCAGAUCCCAUCUCCGCCUUCGUAAUAUCCGACAAAUACAUGGUCCUCGGUUCUCACAAUGGAAAGAUAUACAUCCUCGAUGUGCAUACCAGCAAAGAACUCCGCCGUCUCCGCGCCCACGCUGCCUCAAUCAUGGAUCUUUCCCUCGACUUCACGUCAUCCUAUCUCGCCUCUGCCUCUCUCGACGGUAAAGUCGCCGUAAUCGCACUCGCGCCCGAUACACCUGCAAGCAAUAAUUACCAUUUGGAUUUCAAGAGACCGGUGAGGACAGUGAGUAUCGAUCCGGAGUACGGGAGUGGGAAGAGGAGGGUUGUGAGUGGUGGUAUGGCCGGACAACUCGUUCUCUCCGAAAGAGGUUGGUUAGGGAACAAAGACACCAUCCUCCAUUCUGGAGAAGGGGACGUAUACGAGGUGAGAUGGAGAGGGAAUUAUAUCGCGUGGUCGAAUGAGGCUGGAGUCAAGAUCUAUCAUACCAGCACACAGCAACGAAUAAGUCAUCUCCCACGCCCCGCUAACUCGCCGAGAGCGGAUUUGUUUAGAUCGAGGUUGACGUGGAGAGAUGACUCUACCCUCCUCGUCGGAUGGGCCGACACCGUCACCGUCGCGAAAGUCAUCGAACCCACGCCCGGCUCCUCCGACAAGAAGGUACCACAUGUACAGAUCACGUCGAUUUUUCGAACAGAUAGUAUCGUCGCCGGCGUCGUACAAUUCGGCACGGAACUCCUCAUCCUAGCCUGCGAAGCCGAUAAACGGGAUCCAGAAGAAAUCGCCUCUUCCGGGGGAAGGAAACCCGGUGAACGGCCCGAAUUGCGGUUGAUCAAUGCGAAGCAUGAGGAGGUCUCGAGUGAUGAGUUGGGGAUGAGGGGGUAUGAACGUCUACAGCCGAACGACUAUAUCUUGACACGGCAUCCGGGUAAAGAGGAGGUUUAUGUCGUGGGUCCGAGUGAUUUGGUGAGGGCGUGGGCGAGAGAUGGGGAUGAUCACAUUGAAUGGCUCCUAUCACUCGAGAAAUACGAACAAGCACUCGAUGCCGUUCGCGCUCUAGAUGAGACGGGUGGGAGUGAAAAAUUCACGGUAAAGGAUGUAGGAGGACGAUAUCUCGAACACCUCAUCCGCGAUGGAAAGUGGUCAAGAGCAGCCCUCAUCGCAUCCGAGGUCCUCGGUGAUGACCGCGAAGGGUGGGAGAAAUGGAUCUUUCGAUUCGCAGAAGCCGGUGAGCUCAAUUGUAUCACGCCCUACAUCCCAACCGGGGCAACACCAUCGCAGGGCGAGGGCGAGGGCGAGGUACAGUUGAGUCCGUUGGUGUAUGAGAUGGUGUUGGCGUAUUACCUGAGCAAAGAUGAGGAGAUGUUGUAUGAGACUGUGAAGACGUGGCCGAGUGAGUUGUAUGAUGUUGGGAAUGUGGUUAGUGCUGUGGAGGAGAAGCGGAGGCAGGAUAAGGCGAACGAAACGUUGAUGAAUUGUUUGGCGGAGCUACAUACGUAUAACCGUAAUCCGAAAGCGGCGCUGAAUUAUUAUCUACGGCUGCGCCGCCCUACAACAUUCGACCUCAUCCGCGAGUUUCACUUGUUCGACGCGGUACAAGACGACAUCCUCCUCCUCAUGGAUCUCGACCGCGGCGAGGCUGGGGAGGAAGGUGAUGGCAGCAUUGAAGGAGUCCGGAGCACGAAGAGACGGGCUUUGAACUUGUUGGUGGAGCACUCACAUUCAAUCCCAGUCGCGAAGGUGGUGCCACAGUUGGAGGAUGAGCCGAUUUUGUUGCAUGUGUAUUUGGAUGCGGUGUGGAGGAAUGAUCCGCAUUUGACGGUCAAGUAUGGGGAUUUACAGGUCGAUCUGUAUGCCGAGUACGAGCGAACGCGACUUGAGGAGUUCCUGCGGAUAAGCAACUCUUACUCGUUACAGAAUGCGGCGGAGAUAUGUGAGCGGCGAGGCUACAUCACCGAGCUCGUGUUCAUUCUGGGUCGGAUGGGGGAUAACAAGAGAGCGUUGAUGCUCAUCAUCGAAAAGCUGCGAGACGUCGAACGGGCUAUCGAGUUUGCGAAAGCUCAGGACGAUAAGGAGUUAUGGGAUGACCUGCUCAACUACUCAAUGGAUAAACCGGAAUUCAUACGCGGGUUGUUGGAGAAUGCGGGGACGACGCUGAAUCCGAUUGUGCUUGUGAAGCGGAUACCGGAGGGACUGGAGAUCCCGGGAUUGAAGGCGUCGUUGAUGAAGGUUUUGCACGAUCAUGAACUUCAGGUUUCGCUUGCGGUUGGAUGUUCGAAGAUCUUGACGGCGGAUGUGUCGAGUCAGUUUAAGACGCUGCGAUAUGGACAGAAGCGAGGAAUUUCAUUCGAAGUCAACACCGAUUGUGGUAUCUGCACUAAACCUACCUAUACCCAAGAACGACACGGCCUCGUUACGUUUGCGUGUCGACAUAUCUUCCACGAGGAGUGUUUUCUGGAGAAGACCGAGGAUGAACAAGAGAGGGAGGAGGCGGUGGAUAGGACGGUGAUUUAUGGCGGGAGGAUCAAGGAUAAGGUUAUUCAUGCUGCUUUGAUUGAGCCGCAGUUGAGGAAGGGGUGUCCGAUGUGUCACUGA